GUGAUAUCACUAAAUUAAUAUAUACUGUACCAAAGUUUUCCAGCAGCAUAGUGACCAAUCUCCACAGCGCGGUAAGCAGUAAGUGAAGUGAAGCUACGGUUGGAUUGUCUCAAGAUGUCCGAAGAUAUUUAUGCCAAACCAGAUAUGUCAAAUAAGGUGAGAUACAACAGAAAUGUACAGAAGGACAAUGAAUGGGAGGAAAGGGAGGUGGAAAUAUACGACGAUAUCGGAGAUGAUCAAACUGCUAAUCAGUCACACGGAGGAGGACCAGACACUGAGAGGAAUCCUCCAGCCGUCCAAAGGAAGACUCUCAGGGCUGCAGCACUCUGUCUGGCAGUGCUCUGCUUUCUGAUGAUGACUGGAAUCAUCUUAUCCGCAUACUUAUCCGUCAACAUGAGUCAGUUAAAGGAAGAAGUAAAGCAGCUGAAGAACAGAACUGAAGAGAAGCGGUGUCCUGAUGGAUGGACGAUAUUAAAAAGCAGUUGUUACUUCAAAACUAAUGGGUUGAACACUUGGUCUGGAAGCAGAGCUGACUGUCGGCAGAGAGGAGCAGAUCUGGUCGUUAUAAAUGAUGAAGAGGAAUGGGAGUUUGUCUCUGAGCUGAGUAAGGAUAAAGAGUCCUGGAUUGGUCUACGGAAUAUAAACACAGGACAGGGACGGGGAUGGGAAUGGGUGGACGGAUCACCGCUGACAGAAACGUUCUGGGCAGCAGGACUAACUCAAAAUAACGGUUACUAUGCUGCAUGCUGCAAUCAACAAGGAAAAUGGACACAAGGAUAUAAUUAUAUGAAUAAGAACUGGAUGUGUGAGAAAAAGAUCUGAACUCUUUGAUGAUAGAGAGGUGUGUAGUGUUGGGAUCAGCUUUGUCAAAUCAGACCAAUAUACAUUUAACAUUUACUCAGCCGUUUAUUCUGUGUUGCUAAAUAAUCUGGAUUACAGAGAUAUUGUUCCUCUGCCCUUCAUAGUGCACAAUCUGGUUAGAAGUCAUGUGUACUUACUCUGUAGUCCUACAGGAUUAUUAUCAUUAAAGAUGAUAAAAACAUGGAUUAGCAGGUUGUCUGUACUUUGGUUUACGAAGUGGAUUAAUAUGUUUGUGUUCAGUUAGAUAAAAGUUGUUCCUGUGUCCUUUGAUAAACCUGUAGUCAGCUGCUAAUUUCCAGCUGCCAGUGAGAAGCUUCACCAGGAGAGUUAAACAUGCAUUGAGAUUAAUGUUACGCCUCUUGAGCCUGUGUGUCUGUCCAACUUCAACACAAGGGACAUUGGAAGUUUUACUCUUGUAUUUGUAUCUUAUUCUAUUAAAGUUUUUAACUGCUCUUUAACAUUUGAUGUAAAGCAUUUUGUAUUGCCUUGUUGCUGAAAUGUGAUAUAGAAAUAAAGAUGCCUUGCCCUACAA